AUGUUCUCCACUCUGCGAUGUGGUGGAGCAGACGAGCCGAUCCGCAUAGAGCGACAGCAAUAUGCCCAUGAAGUCAACAUCGGACGAGGUCCACAACAUAUUGCGUGUGAAAAUUGUCGGUUAAAAAAGCUCCGCUGUAAUGGGAAAAAGCCGACGUGUGGCCGGUGUCGCGAAAAGUCGGUUCAAUGUCAAUACGGAACGGGGGAGCCAUUAUCCCCAUCGUCCAUGGCAGCGGACAAUCGGUCGAGAGUAACCAAAUCCAUCAAGACACCGAGAACGACCCGAGACAAGAGGAAAUGCACCCCGCCGGAAGAGGUGGCCGAGACUCAACCGAUUCCUGUCACCUCUCAGACAUCGGGAAGUCCAGAGACGCUAUUGAUGGAAGAUUGGCUGGCAGAUGAAGGAAUGAUGGACCCGUUGCAGCCAGCCCUAGACCAUGACACGACACUUGCAGGAAUGCCUAACGAUGGGAUCAGUCCGUGGGGAUUCACGCCAUAUUCACCGGCGGAGAACCCCCCUUUAUCCUCGGAGCACUUGCUGCAGCCAACCUCGCAAACAUUGGAUCUACAGGGAACCAGGCCCUCUGCACCGGCCGCCACUGCCCCAGUCCUGCCAGUAUCAACCUCAACCUCAACCUCCUAUAUCGAGCCGCGACUCCUCCGACCACGCAUGAUGCAUCUAUUCAACGACAACGUCCCUCCCACACAUCACAUCCCAAACCAACCAACCGAUACCCGCCCAAGCACCGGCAGCAGCAACAGCUCCCUGACGGGAUGCCACUGCUGGGAAACCGUGGCCAACAUUCUCCAGCAGAUCGAACUGAACCGUAUCGUAUCGGAACAAUCGCCCUCACUGGAAUCGCGG